AUCUACAGUGAAGUGGAACUUAAAUGGAAAACGUGCACUUACAGCCAUGUUUUAGUGGGAUUAAUAACAAGCUUAAAUUCACAUAAAUAUUUAUAUAGUGAUGAAAUGUACCACAUCAGGUCCUUUGCCAAGGAGGAAAUAUGAUACAGGGUGGCUCCUCUCCUCCCUCCGCCUCCUCCCAGUCCGCCCAGCAGCGGACUCCGUCAUUUCGCCUCCUCGUCGUCCAUCACUUGUUGGAUGUGUCCGUUUGAAUUUCUGUGGUUUCGAGCUUCCUGGUGAUUGUUUCCCCUCCCGGAGUCCUGAGAAGAGCGCUGCUGUGUGUGAAGGUUAAAGCGUUUUUACAGGUCACAUGCGCGUAAAAAGCGCCUGCCCUGAAGCGCCGUCCUUUGCUCCGGUUACGUACUGUGAUUAUGCUCCGUUUUUAGGUGUCUACCCGUCGUGGCUGUCUUUCUUCUCGUCCCUCUGACCUCUAGUCGGUCGGUUCCACAGCGGGAGUGUUGGGGUUUUCCUGCCGGCAUCGUGCGCUCUGGACUCCGGCUCAUCCUUGGAGAAGUUCCGCCGCAGUCUUAUGCACAUCAGUCCUCUGCUCUCCUCCCGCGGCGGUGAGGAUGCUGGUGGCUUUUCAUCGUCCACACUCUACAGGAUUAGCCUGAGCUGUACAAACGGACCAUGUAACCAGAUCAGAGAUGUUCAUGCAGUGUGGCUAUCCAGCGGCGUGACCUCUCACCUCCGACAUCCGAUCUGACUUCUCCUCUCCCUUGCAACCUUCAGACACUCUUCUGAUGUGUUAAGCAACUUUGCUGAACAGUUUGAUGGAGAGCUGGUCGGAUGACAGCUGGAACUGUUGUCAUAACCGGAGGAAUACUGGCCACAGUGAUACUUCUGUGUAUCAUAGCUGUGCUCUGUUACUGUAGACUCCAGUACUAUUGCUGUAAGAAGAAUGGGUCUGACAGCGCCUCCAUCUCUCAGCAACACUUUGCCUGCAACGCCUGCAGUGUCUCCGGCCUGGACGGGUCAGUCGUCACGCCGCUGUCCAUGUCGCCACCAGAGCCGCCCGACCCCACCAAACCCACAGGGGGGCCACGCAAUUACUGCCCCACCUGCUCGCCCUAUGACUCGCCCUUCUACAUCCGCACUACCGAUGAGAUGCGCAACGGUGGUGAGCGCAUCACCUACAUGCCCACACACUAUGAGAACCGGGCGCUGGCGAUGCCACUGCCCACCGUCCGAGGCUCCCUGCUGAGGGACAACCAUCGAGGCCGGCCUCCCGAUUUCUACACCAACACCCGAGCCAUCAGCACCGAGGUGUGACCACUCCAAAGCCCCACCCGACACCAACCAUACACACAGAGGAGCUCCUCUCCAAGCUGACACACGCACACACAUCACAUCACUAACAAGACCACAACAACAAUUUUGACACCUUCUACAGCUGCCAGUGAGGAUCUGUUGGAUAAGGACCUGCUGGUUUCACUGUCACGUUUAUUUAGGGUCUGGGUUUUGGGAGGGAUUUAAGCGACGAUUUUCAGCCAACACUCAAGUGUGCUGAGAUCAAACCGUUCAAACCUACUUCCUCACUUUAUGCCCCUAACAUUGUCAUAUUUACUAAGAUAAUAAUUGACAGUAGAUUAAACUGUAGCUGUAAAGUUUCUUUGUCCCUUUAUGCUGUAGGGUAGGGUAUCCACAUGUAGGGUGUGGGUGUAAACUUGUAAACUGUUGACUGUUACUGUGUCUUUACUGACUGAGGGCUAUCUUAGAUCAUUCAUGAUUUUCCCUUGCUACACAUCUUCCCAAUGACUGCCAAAAAAGACAAAAAAUAAAUGAAUAUAAUGAAAUCGUAAAUAUGAAGCAAUUUUAUCACGGGAAGAAGAAUGAAGCCUGAAAUGUAAUUUAAAAAGGGCAAAACAAGGAAAAGUCAACAUCCCCUCUGUAGUUUUGUGGAUCUUUGGAAGCAUGCUUGAGUUACAGGAAAUGGUGGAAGAGAACGUGCGACUGAAGCUUCCUCUAUGCAAGCUGUCUGGCAAACUACUGCAGCUCUUCACCUCCAGUCAUCUCCUUUCAGCGGUUUUUUUGUGUCAUUGUGUAACUCUGUUGGAGGAAUAUUGUAACCGGGGAAAUACUACAAAGCUGCAAAUGUAGAUAGACAUACAAGCAUUUAAAUCUGGAUCCUGGAUAGUUCAAAUCCUCCGGGUCCACACUGAACCCCCACUUUCUCUGCUAAGGUGUAAACCUGUGAACUCUCGAGGAUGCCUGAGACACUGAACGCGACAAUGGUAAGCUUGAAAUGAAUGAGUGAGUUACUCUUCUGACAACGAUGCAAAAAGUUUGACUUGUAAAUAAUAACCAGAAAGCAAUGAACGUGUCUCACUGUGAUGUAGAGAGAUGCACCCUUGAACAUGAUGUAUUUUGAACGAGGGAGUGUGAUUUACUACUUUGUGCUAUUUUGUCUACACACUCCUCCUAUACUCCUAUACUAUACCAUGUCAUUUACCUUCAAGUUGUUUUUCAUAUUGUGAAGAAGUCGGAAUACACAUUUAUGUGACUGAAAAUUGUUUCACAGUGCCCAUUUUCUACAUGACACGUACCCAGCAUCGCUUGCCAUACACAAUAUGUCCUGUGACAUUUAUUCUUUAUAUUUCUGUGUACAGCAGGAUUCAGCAAGUGCAAGAAACCUCACGGACUUGCAUGGUGUGAUAAAGUUUGACAAGAUUUUUUGGACAGGCCUAGCGUUAUCAUUCAGGCGUUAAACAAAAAUGACCUUCGUGUCUCUUGAUCAGCAGUGCUUACAACAUAAUAAGAAUUCACUGAUCUGCAGCCACAUAAUUUAUUUCUUAAUUACAUACUUUUUCAUUAAAGUUCAAUAAAUGCCAACUGCAGUGCCAUCACACUGCACAGUUUGUCAAAACUGUUUUAUAGGGAGUUGUGGGCCUUGUGUGGCUUAAUAUAAAGGGGCAAAUAAAUGUAGAGAGACCUGUCAGAAUGGCAGUUCAUCACUUAAGCUUGACAGGUUUAAUUUUUGGAAAUCUGGCCAGAAAAGUGUGGACUGAAAUGUCUGAAGAGGAAUAAUGUUGUCCAUCACCACAGAUGAGAAUACUUUGUCGUCAUUCAUUUCAUUUGGGUAUUGUAUUAACUAUAUAUUUUACUACUUACUUGACUAGUUACCUUUGAAAACAGAAACUAAGCUUUUUAGAAAUGUGGUUAAAACAGACAUCGUACCUGACAAAUACAGAAACAGUACUAUUUGACAGUGUUAACUUUUGACAAUUAAAGAUUUGUAA